ACUGCAUCGGCGGCGGCGGCGGCGGCGGCGGCGGCGGCGGCGAUGGGGAUCAGCGAGCACUUCGAGGGCGUGAAGCAGCACUGGGCGAGCAACUUCGCCUUCCUCGACUACUUCAAGAAGGUCUACGGCCGCGACAAGCCCCUCCCCAAGUGGUCCGACGCCGACGUCGACGAGUUCAUCGCCUCCGACCCCGUCUACGGCCCCCAGCUCAAGGCCCUGAGGGAGUCCAGGAAGUUCGCGCUCGGCGGGGCCCUCGUCGGCGCCGCGCACCUCGGCGGCGUCGCCAUCAAGUACUCCAAGAGCCCCCACGGUGUCGUGCUGGCGACCGGGUUCGGAGCGCUCACCGGCGCCGUGCUCGGAUCGGAGGUGGCCGAGCACUGGUACCAGCUCUACAAGAUGGACAAGCAGGGGGCCAACCUCAGGUUCAUCUACUGGUGGGAGGACAAGGUCUCAGGCCAGAAGAACUGAACAAGAGUAAAGCAUAAGCGUAUGCAUGUUUGAGCAUACUGGCUUGACAAGACAAUGAUGUCUCCAGUGUGGGAUUCGUAGUUUUUUACUUCCUAGUCUUUUUCUAAUAAGAUGCGUAUUGGUUGUGGCAAUCAACUGGACAAUGUAUUUUAUUUUCUCUGUAAUGAGUUUGCUCUCAGUUCCCUACAAUGUCAUGUUCGCACAGUUCCAGUCUAUCUGUUAUCAAAUGAUUACUUUGCAGCUUGUAAUUAUUCAAUGACCUGAAAAAUAAUAUUUGGAAUGCAUACUUUCUUCAA